AUGGAUGCAAGAGACAAAUACCCGUACCAAGAAUCACAACAAUUGGGCCUUACGCAUCUCUCCACCAGUCUCCAGUCAAGCAAUGUGGUGCAGUUAAACGCCAGUAUCGAGCACGCCAUCAAACACAGGCAUUACACUCCCAAGCAGGUGGAAUUGGUCAAAGCCCAGCGAGCAGUUGUUCUGGAGACUAUCAAAGCGGAUUAUCGCGCGAGACGCGAUCCUCUCAGCCCUGAAACCCAAUCGCGCUUAUCCACCCAAGACCCAGAGGACUCGGAGCCCACGCCGGCAAAUCCCUAUGUGAAAGUACCUUCUAGCACAUUGCUUCCAGCCUGCCACGACUACUGGACACCCUUGCGGCUAUCGCUAUCAACAUAA